AUGUCGAAAAUCGUCCGAGAGAUCAAAAACGUCACCAAGGGGUACUCGAAUACCCAAAUCAAAGUUCGCAAUGCGACCAGUAACGAUCCAUGGGGCCCCACAGGGACAGAGAUGAGCGAAAUUGCUAGGAUGACCUUUGAUACUAACCACGACUUCUUCGAGAUUAUGGAAAUGUUGGAUAGAAGGCUGAACGACAAGGGAAAGAACUGGAGACAUGUCCUAAAAGCUCUAAAAGUUCUCGAUUACUGUCUACACGAAGGCUCGGCUCAUGUUGUCGUCUGGGCCAAAGAUAACAUUUAUAUUAUCAAAACACUCCGUGAAUUCCAGUACAUCGACGAAGAAGGAAAGGACCAGGGCUUGAAUGUUAGAAUAGCUGCCAAAGAACUCACCGGCUUGAUAUUGGAUGAAGAACGUCUCCGAAAUGAAAGGAAGGAUAGAAAAUCGUGGAAGGCCCGCGUCGCCGGCCUGGACGAAGGCAUCUCAUCCGAAGGCUCUCACAAUCAGAAGGAACAACAACAGCAUGCUCGUCGUCGUCAACAACGGCCCGCGAGGAAUGAUGAUGAAGACCUUGAGUACCGCCUUGCGAUAGAAGCUAGCAAGAACCUAGCCGAGGAGGAAGCUGCCAAGAAGCGCACUAGAAACAACGAGGUUGAAGAUGAUGACCUCGAAAAAGCCAUCAGAUUAAGUAAGGAGGAAGAGGAACAGCGCCAGAGGGAGCUCGAACAGACUAAUGAAAAUACUCUCUUCGAUGAGAAUCCCACUCCCACCCAGUCCCAACCUUCGCAACAGCUCCCACAGCAGAAUUGGCAGCAAGGUCAACCUGUCGACCUUUUCGGGAACCCUAUCCAAUCGCAGCAAACUGCGUUCCUUUCGAAUGUAUAUUCCCAACAGCCCAGUCUUGACCAGCCUCAGUACGGCCAGCAGCCUGGAGGGUAUGUUCAAGGCCCCGUUGCCACCGGCUGGGGCGUUCCUUCGCAGUUCCCUCAACCGACUGGCUUCGACCAACAGCCCCAGCAGCAGCCCCAGCAACCUCAACAGCAGGCUGUCUUCUUGCAACCACAAAACACCAUACAGCCACAAAGUACUCUACAGCCGCAACAAACUGCCUUUGGUGCUGGCAAUCCAUUCGCUACAGCGGGCUUCAACCAACAAGCUACCGGUUUCCUUACACCUGAUGCCAGCAACCCAUAUGGGAAUAACCAGCUCAGCCUUCAACCACAGCCAGAAGCUCUAAAACCGAUGCCUACAGGCUCCAACAAUCCCUUUGCCCAGUUUAGCUCUGCGCCAGCACAAAGCAACGGUUUCAACAGUGUUUCCCCUCAGAGAACGGCCCAGCCCACCUUGUCACAACUCCAGCAGAAUCAGCCUUCGGGAUAUCCAUCUGCUUUCCAGCAACAACCUAACCCAACAGAUCAAAAACAUGCACAGCUCAAUGCUCUCUUGGCAGUUGGCAACGAAUCAGGACAGGAUACGUUUGGUAACAUCGGAAACUUGCGAAUUCCGGCUCAGCAUACCGCUCCGGGGACGUUCGUUAAUUCUGCGGGUACCGGGCGCACCGGGUUGGGUGCUCAAGUUACAGGGAACAACCCGUUCUUGAACAGUCAAUUCACCGGCGUCCCUCAGCAGCAAUUCCCUCAGCAGAAUAGGAUGAUCCCGGCCGCAACCGGGCCUGCUGGCAUCAACGGUUUCGGGCAGCCAAAUCCAUACGGUGGCUUCCCAGGACAACAGCAGCAGCAGCAGCAGCAGCAGCAGCAGCAGCAUCAAUCGACAAACCUAAUUGACUUCUAA